GCGCGACCUACGCAGAACCCCGUCUGCUUCCAAAACUUUCCUUCUCAGGUUAAUCGGAAGUACUGUAGAAGACAUUUCACAACGCACAGUCCUCCAAAGUCACCUACCCUCCUCCGUUCUACCCAUCCCUCCCCAUUCAUCGCCAAUCCCGACCUUUUCACUGAGGAGAGGUAUAUGUUGAUUGGUUUUCUAAAUAAAAAGGAGAAUGUAUGAGUUUGGAGAAGAGUUGCUGAUUGAAAGCUACAAGGUACCAUGGCUAAUUUGGAUUCAGCUUCUUGUAAUGGUCCUGCUCCUUCUUCUGCUCUUCUUUGGCUUCAGCGUUUUCACUUCCGAUCUUUCCAAUAACUCCGCUUCCACUUCUGGCGCCGGUGGGUCUUCGUUUUCGGCCGGAAGCGACAGCGGAUUUCUUGACGGAAGGCAGCCUCACCGUACCGACCAGGGGCAGGAUGGGAACCAUUGUAACGGGGGAGGUGUUGAAUCAAGUAUAAGCACAGACAUCAUAAGAAGAGAAGAAAGGGAUAAUGGAUCUUCAUGUGUAAAAGAUGAACUCCACCAUUCAAGGCCUCCCGGGCAUCCAUGUCACUUUCUUGGAGUAGCUAAGCAAGCUUUCCUGAAGUGCUUGGGCCUGGAUUCCUGGUCUGAAAGUCCUAACAAUAGAAAACAUGGGAAAGAAGACUAAUGUAAUUAUCUAUGGCACAAAAUGAUCAAUAAGGAGAACCAGAUGGCCCUCUUAAUGCUGAUGCUGAUCACUAUUUCCUUGACAGCCUGAAUUCAAACCCUUUAUAUGUAUGUACUGAAUUACAUCUCGACUCCUUCACCUGCAACUGUAAGUUUACAUACUAAGUAGUAUGUAACAAGCAACCACUGUAUAUUUUACAUUGUACAAUUUGUCUAACUACUCAGCUAAUGAUUCGCAAACCAUCAAAUGUCAUUUUAUUUGGUUCUAUUCAAUUAUUCAUUGAUGUUUACAUAAGAUCAUCUGGCAGUUACCAAUUACCACUUACCACUGUACUGAUGUGUGUAUUCUAUUAUAUAUUUCCAACAACCAUGUUUCAGGUUUAUGUCUUUCUUGAUGUCAACGAAUGGUUUUGUUAAGGCAUAACAAUGGGUCAGGUAGGGAGGGGCAAGCAGUGCAAAACCCAGACCACCUCGUGAUCCGCAAUAGGGUGGCCCAUGACAAAUGCCCUGUGCAAGGCGGUUUGCGGUGCCCCAACUCAAUUAGCUUGUACAUACUCCCUCCGCCCCGAAAUUAAUUUCCCACUUUUUUUCUGGCAGUCCCGAAAUUAACUUCCUACUUCCUUAUUUGACAAAUUAUCUACAUCAAAACAGUGCAAAACAAUGUCAAACAGUGUUAAACAAUGUCAAAACAGUAAAAAUUUACCUCCCAGUAAGUUUAUUUCCUUAAUAUGUGUGAAAUCCAAGUGAGAAGUUAAUUUCAGGAUGGGGGAGUAUUAUUUAUGUGUGUGGA